CAGCAGAUGGCCCAGAGGUCCCUCUAUCUCUGCCUUCAUCCCAGCAGCAUCUAGCCUACAUUACCCAUAAUGCACCUCACUUAGCCCGGGCUAACAUGGCGGUGGACGGUUGCAUCCUGCAUAGGACCCUGUCCCGGUCCAUACCAGCUCCGAACCAGGCGUCCUCGUCCUCCCCCGUGGUCUGCAGGGAGUCUCUGUACGUUGUGGACGUCCGGCGCUACAGCAGAGACCAGGCGUCCGCCGUCUACUUUCCGCAGGCCGUCCUGAGUGGUGAGGACCUGUAUGACGUCACGCUGACGGACGGGGACUGCCGCCUCCAGGUGACUCUGGACCCCGGGCUGAACCGGCUGGUGGAGAGGCGGGUUCUGAAGCCCGGGUCGGCGCUCUGUAACGCCACCUUCAGCGCCGCGCUGAGCGCCCAGCUCCCAGAAUGCCCUGGGGCGUCAGAAGGCAGAGACAGCUACAGACUGGUGAGCCUGCAGGUCAGAGACCCCGAUGAGGAGGAGGAGGGAGGAGUCAGGAGGUCCGGGGUGGACUGGGACUCUCUGCCCUGGUUCCGAUCAUCAGGACCAGCAGGUGAGACCAGAAGCAGCAGCAGAACCAUCAGACCUGUCCUGUCAGCUGAUUGGUUCCUGGAUCCCUCAGGUGUCCUGGUUCCGCUCAGAGCCAACAGGAGCGUCUUCCUCCCUCUGUGGAACAGUGUGGACCCCAGCGGCGAGGCCUGGACGGAGGCUCCGCCCCCUGAGGACGGCCCGGAGGAUGAGGAGGAGGAAGGUAGACGUGUCACACCACAGCUUCCUCAGCGAGCUGCUGAUAAACAGUCACAUGACCUCCCGUUGCCAGGGCGACAGCCGUCUGUGACCGUGUCGGAGCUGAGGGACGGCUUCCUGUCCGGUCGCCGUGGCGUCUCCAGAGGCGCCAUGCAGCUUCAGCUGAUUGUUCGCAUCACGGCCAAGUCUCACCUGAUGUACUACGGAAGGACGGACAGGAACUGUGAAUGUCCAUAUAAGGCUGUGCUGCAGGCGAGCGACUGGACAGGAAGUGUGUGUCUGGUUCUAUGGAACAGCAUGUGUGUCAGCUGGUACCGCCGUCUGAAGCCCGGUGACAUCAUCAGCCUGAGACGCUACCGGGUCAAACAGCACUACCAGGCGGAGGCCGAUGACAUCGUGUCUGUGGUCGUCUGUACUCGGCUGAAGUCCGUCACCUCUGACCCCGCCUCUCUCUAUCUGACCAACACCACCUUCACUCAGGUGUACUGCACAGGCCUGGGCCACCACUCCCAGAUGAGCUACCGUAAGCUGCAGAAGGUCCGAGGCUUCCUGCGGUGGCUGAGGAGUCAGGACGACCAGCAGGUGAUGAGCAGGGCUCUGAUUGGAGGAUUCUUCACCUACCCGCCUCCUGCCGUCUCCUUGGAAACGUUCAUGAAGGAGAGGAGGGGUGAGCUGAGCUUCCUGCAGGGGGCGGAGCUUCAGACGGAGCUGGAGAGGCUCUGUUACCGCGAGCGACGCACCUUCUGCCUUCAGGCCACCGUUUCCAUGGUGACCUACAGAGGAGAGGAGGACCGCUGUCUCUUCUGGACCAACAGACCUUCCUCCUCCUCCUCCUCCUCUCCCGCCUCCUUCAGAACUCCCUCCUCCUCCUUCUCUCCCACCUCCCCGUCCUCGGCUGCCAGUCUGUCCACCCCUCGUCCUUCAGACCUCCGCUCGCCACGGACGUCCAGGAAGAGGAGGAGGCUCCCCCUGGAGACGCCCAGCAAGAGGCGUCCUCUGCCUUCCGUCCCGCCAGAGGACAACAACAGGACAGUCAUCCUGUUUGAAGCCUCCAUGGAGUUCCUAGAAAACGCCGCUGAUGAAGACGAGGAGGAGGAUGAUGGUGACGACUGUUCGUCCUUCUGCACCGCUCCCCUACCCCCGAUGGUCCCAGCUGUCGCCAUGGAAACCCUCCCACUGCGCUUCGAUUACGAUCGCAGGGAGGAGCAGGUGGCUGCCGUAUCGAUGGGAGGCGGGGCCGGAGCUCAGAGCUUUGGCUCCGCCCCCAUGGAUUACUACACUGUCAGACUGAAAGCUCUGUCAGACGGCGGGCUGGUGGAUGCAGUCUUCCUCCCUCACCUCUCCUCCUCCCUGCUCCGUCACGCCAACACCUGGACCUCCAUCCUGUCCCACGGAGCCUUCUCUCCACACACACCGCCGCCGACUCCAGCUGACCUCAUCGCCAUGGCGCCGCAGCUGGCCAAUCAGAGGCUGGUCUGCGUCCUGGAGGCGUGUCACCUGGGCGGAGCCAAGACAGAGCUGGUCCUGACUCGAGGCUUCCACCUGAAGGACUAAUUUAUUUAUUUAUUAUUUUAUUUAUUUAGUUGAAGGAGCUCAUUUCCUGCUGAAGAACAGAACCUGAACCAGAACCUG